AAAAGCCUUUCGCCAUGCUGCCCACUCCAUGUUGAUCUAACCAGCUGCUUCGCUACAAACAACUUUUUUACUGGAAGGAUGAGCCAUUAUUUCCACGCUCUUCCUCUGUGAUAAGCUGAUUUUUGACCACCCCUACUGAAAGAAGAUUUGACCCGUAUUUUGUUGACCAUGGUGCGUAAUGUGGAUGACCUGGACUUCUGCCUGUCCUCCCAUCCUCAGAGCAUCCUGGAGGGCUUGCGUUCACUCUGCUCUCAACCCAAACUGGUCGAUGUAACGCUGAGCGCAGGCGGUCGGGACUUCCCCUGCCACCGUGGCGUGCUGGCCCUGUGCAGCAUGUACUUCCGCUGCAUGUUCUCCGGUGACUUUGUGGAGAGCAUAGCAGCACGUGUGGAGCUUCAUGAUGUUGAUCCUGAUAUCCUCAGCUGCCUGCUGGACUUUGCCUACACAGGAAAACUAACCAUCAACCAGAGCAACGUGGAGGGGUUGAUCUGCACCUCCAGCCAGCUGCAGUUCCAGACAGUGAGAGCUGUUUGCAGCCGAUACCUUCAGCACCAGAUCGAUGCUACCAACUGCCUGGGAAUCCUGGAGUUUGGAGAGAUUCACGGCUGCCCUGAGGUGGUGGCCAAAGCGUGGGCCUUCCUCUUGGAGAACUUUGAGGCUGUACAACAAGGAGAGGAGUUUCUGCUACUGGGAAAACACAAGCUGGUUGCCUGCCUGUCCGAUGAAGGACUGCAAAUCCGCUCAGAAUGCACCCGUGUGGACGCCAUCCUGAAAUGGGUUAGUCACCUCAAGGAGUCUCGGCUCUGCCACCUCCCCGAACUCCUCACCUUGUCCCGUCUUUCUCUACUCAGCCUGGACUACCUGGCUGACACCCUGCUGAAGAACAGCCUGGUUCAGGCCUCUCCAAGCUGCAGAGAGGCUGUGGAAAAAAUUCGCAGAGAGAAAAUGGAUUUGGCGCCAGAAUACUUGGCCAGAGUCAACUCUCAGAGUCCUCAACCAAACCUGCAAGAGGUGCUGAUUGUAAUGGGAGGUCGGUCACUGGAUGACUCAGAUGAUGAAGAUGACUCAGAUGAAGAUGAGGACAGAGACCCAAGACUGCAGAGACUGCUGCCCAGGAACUGUGCCUUCUACAACACAAAGACUAAACAGUGGCAUGAGCUCCCUAAUUUCCCCAACCCUAACAAGUGGGGUUUCUCCAUGGUCUCCUUGAACAAUGAUGUGUAUGUCACAGGGGGCUCGCGAGGUUUGAAUACCAACACCUGGUCGACCACAGAGACCUGGAAGUACAUCACAAGAGAGGGGAGGUGGGUUACUGUGGCACCCAUGCUCCGGCCUCGGACUAACCACACAUCGGCAACGCUCAAUGGGGAGAUUUACGUCAUCGGAGGGACAACAUCAGACCAAGUUGAGGUCGAGCAUUAUGACCCUUACAGCAACACCUGGGCCUUGACAUGCCCCGCUUUAAAAUAUGUGACUAACUUCACUGCCACAGCAUGUCAUGGGAAGCUCUAUGUGAUUGGUUCGUGUGCUGUGAAAUACAAUGCUUUGACCAUGCAGUGCUACAACCCGGUUACAGAGAGCUGGAUCAACAUAUGUUCACCCUUCAUCCCCAAGUACUUGUCCUCUCCCCGUUCUGUCUGUGUGGAUGGAAUUAUAUAUCUGGUUGCUGACAAUACUAAGAAAGUCUACUCCUAUGAUCCAGAGGCAAACAUGUGGCAGAAGGUCCAGCUUCUCCACAUGCUCCAUGAGAAUGGCGGCCUGGUAACGCUGGAUGGGAAGUUGUUUGUCACCGGAGGUCACUGGAAAGGUAUGGAGGGCGAUUACGGGGUGGAAGUGGAGGUUUACAACCGAGCGUCCAACACCUGGGAGGUGGAGUGCUACCUGCCAAGACUUUGGUUCUACAGCGGGGUCUGCACCAUCUUCCUAGACCCAUCGCAGUGGCCUGAACUUUUCCCCAUAGAUUCAACUUAAUGGCCUCCUGUCCUGACAGGACCAAACUCAGGGUUCACAGAGACAUGUUCCUAUCAUAUUUAUGUUACAGUGCAAAUGGAAUGUUUAUCAUUGUGCCCGAGAAUAGCGUGUUACAUGAUCCUCAGGUAUUAUUGGUUGUUUUUAGGACCGGCUUUGCUGCUCAGCUGGUAUUUAUUUAAUCUUUGUAUCAUGUGUUUGAGAUCUGAAUUCCUUUAUCUGUAAUUGAAUGGCGUUUGUGAAUCAUUAAAUCUCACAGUUACUGGGCUCCUGUGUUAGGUAUUAUUAUUAUUAUU